GGAGUGGAGGCAGUCCUUUCUUGCAGCUGUGUUGCUGCUCAUGAGCCAGCCCCACCCGCAGAAAAGAUGUUUUCCAUGAGGAUCUUCUGCCUCGUCCUGAGUGUGGCAGGCACAGUUUGGGCAGGAGAGACCGGUCCUGGUGAAUUUCUAGCUGAAGGAGGAGGUGUGCGUGGCCCCAGGCUUGGGGAAAAACAGCAAUCUGCCUGCAGAGAGAAAGACUGGCCCUUCUGCUCUGAUGAAGACUGGAACAAUAAAUGCCCUUCCGGCUGCAGGAUGCAAGGGUUAAUUGAUGAAGUCAAUCAAGAUUUUACAAACAGAAUAAAUAAGCUCAAAAAUUCACUACUUGAUUAUCAGAAGAACAAUAAGGACUCUAAUUCAUUGACCAGAAAUAUAAUGGAAGUUUUGAGGGGGGACUUUGCCAGCAGUAACCACAAUGAUAAUACAUAUAGCCAAGCGUCAGAAGAUCUGAGAAACAGAAUUGUGGCCCUGAAGCGCAAAGUCACAGAACAAGUACAGCAUAUCCACCUUCUGCAGAAAAAUGUCAGGGAUCAGCUGGUAGACAUGAAACGACUGGAGGUGGACAUUGACAUUAAGAUCCGAUCUUGCCAAGGGUCAUGCAGCAGGGCUGUAGCACGUGAGAUAAAUCUACAGGACUAUGAAGAUCAGCAGAAGCAACUUGAACAGGUCGUAGCCCAAGAUUUACUUCCCUCUAGAGACAAGAUGUACUUAUCAGUGUUAAAAAUGAGCCCAGCUACAGACUUCAUUCCUGGAGAGUUCAAGAGUCAGCUUCAGAAGGCCCCUCCAGAGUGGAAAGCACUAAUGGAAAUGCGGCAGACGAAAAUGGUGUUAGAGAAGUCUGGUCCAGACAGAACAGGAUCAACACCUGAAAACCCCAGGAACCCUGGACCUGGUAGUACUGGAAAUCGGAGCCCUGGGAGCACUAGACCUGGUGGUGCUGCCACUUGGGACCGUGGAAGCUCUGGGCCUGGAGGUUUUAAGCCAGGUAGCUCAGGGCAUGGAAACACCAGGCCUACCAACCCAGACUGGGGCUCAUUUGAAGAGGUUUCAGGAAGUACAAGUCUAGGGACAAACAGAGAGUACCACACAGGUAAACUAGUGUCUUCUGAGGGAAGUAAAGAGCUUCUGAUUGGUGAUGAGAGGGUCAUCUCUGGUAGCCCAACAUCAAGUCAUCAUCAUUCGUGCUCUAAAACCAUUAUGAAGAGUACUAUAGGUGCUGAUGGUCGCAAAGAAGUGACCAAAGAAGUGGUACAUUCUGAAGAUGGCUCUGACUGUGGUAACAUACCUGAUUUAGACUUGUUUCAUACUUUGUCCGGCAGGGGUGGCCUAGAUGAUUUCCGUCGUAGUCACCCUGACGAAGCUGCUUUCUUUGACAUGGGCUCAACUGGAAAAGCAUUCUCUGAGCUCAGGGAGUUGGACAGGAAGACCCAUUCUGUGGGCUCAGCAUCUGACACAGAGUUCAGGGAAGCCAGCUCUCACCACUUUGGCGAGCUUCCUCCCGGUGGUAAAACCUCAAGGCAAAGCAAAGUUGUAACCAGUAGCGUGACUUCCAGAAGAGGAGACUCCACAUAUGAAAGCAAGACCUAUCCAAGGGGAGACGAGGCUGGAAGUGAAGCACAUCUUGACAGCGUAGGAGCACGUGCCUUCAAGAAAGGCAGUAAAAAAUCUCGCCCUGCCAGAGACUGUGAUGAUGUCCUCCAAACACAUCCUUCAGGUGCCCAAAGUGGCAUAUUCAAUAUCAAGCUACCGGGAUCCAGUAAGAUUUUUUCUGUUUAUUGCGAUCAAGAGACCGGUUUGGGAGGAUGGCUUUUGAUCCAGCAAAGAAUGAAUGGAUCACUGAAUUUUAACCGGACGUGGCAAGACUACAAGAGAGGUUUCGGCAGCCUGAAUGACAAGGGGGAAGGAGAAUUCUGGCUAGGCAACGAAUACCUCCACUUACUAACCCUGAGGGGCUCUGUCCUUCGGAUUGAAUUAGAGGACUGGGCUGGGAACCAGGCUUAUGCAGAAUAUCACUUGAGGGUAGGCUCUGAGGCGGAAGGCUAUGCCCUACGAGUCUCCUCCUAUGAGGGGACGGCAGGUGAUGCUCUGAUUGAGGGUUCUGUGGAGGAAGGGACAGAGUACACUUCUCAUGCUGGCAUGCAGUUCAGCACCUUUGACAGGGAUGCAGACCAGUGGGAAGAGAACUGUGCGGAAGUUUAUGGAGGAGGCUGGUGGUACAACAACUGCCAAGCGGCCAACCUCAAUGGCAUCUAUUACCCUGGCGGCUUCUAUGAUCCCAGGAACAACAGUCCUUAUGAGAUUGAAAAUGGAGUGAUCUGGGUCCCCUUCAGAGGAGCAGAUUAUUCCCUCAGGGCUGUUCGCAUGAAAAUCAGGCCCCUUGUGACCCAAUAGGCUCAAAGAGUGCAAGUGAGAGCAAUCGGUUUCUUUUGUUUGUUUGUUUAGUGAAGUGAAGGAAAAAUAAGGAAGAUAAAGGACUCGAUUCUGUACAACCUAAAAAAUUACCAGGUGCUAUUUUAUUAUUCUUUGUACUGUAGCUAAAUGUAACUGGGACAUAGUAGUGCUUUAAAAAAUAAAGUUAUAUGAGUUUUUUUAUCUUUAAAAUAGCUCUGUGAGUUUUAAAAUUUCUAUAAGGCUACACCAAGGGACAUUCAGUACAUCAGGAGGAGAGAGUCAGAUAAAAGUUCCUCUCUACAGUUCUUAGGGGUGUUGUUUUCAGAGCUCCUCUUCCCACAUCAUUCAAAGUCAUGGGGCAUUGCAAAGUAAACAAGAGAUUUCACCAAUUCUAUUUGAAUGAUUGUAAACCAAUAUUUUAAGCUGCAAAAAACUAAGUUGAACAAUGCUGGCUUUUGUAGAUGAAUUUCCAAAGAAUUUUUGUCUCUUCUGUUAGCAAGCAAAUCCAGAAAGGUAGGGGAAGCAUUUUUGUUUUCUUUCUUAAUAGAAAUAGAAAUCUAUACCUAGGUCUUCCAAUGAAGAGCACAAUGCACACUUACUUUUUUCCCCAGAGUCUAACCAACUUCUUUCAGAAAUACCUGGAAAAAUCCAUUAAAAAUGUUUUCAAUAUUUACAAGUAUUCCCAAAACAGAUGGCAUUCACACAUUGAUAAAUAAUCCCCACAGCAAUCACUGCACUUAAUUUUCCAUCCAUCAUAAUGUAUAGUCUGUGAUACAUUAGUGGUUAUUAAAGUAAGACAUUUGUUUGAAAUCAUCUCACUAAAUAUGAUCUAUACUAUAUGCAUAAAUUCAACAUGUUUACAUGGGUCAGUUUUUAUUUUGAUCUAAGUUGCAUCUUUGAUCUUGGUGGACUUGUCUCCUGCUUCUAAUUUUUAACUUAUAUUCUCUUCUAGUGAAAACUACUUGCCAUUUACCUUUGAAAAUGUAUUAAAACAUCCCAAGCACAUUGGUAUCCCUGUACAUUGCCUGGGCUUGCAUAGUUUCUAUCCCAAUGUAACUGCACCCUUUUUCCUUGGAAGGAAAGAAAGAGAGGGAGGAAGAAAGAAGGAAAGGAAGGGAGGGAGGAAACAAGGAAGGAAAGGGGCUAGAACUAAGUACCAGAGCCAAGGAGCAGAUGGAAGGUAAGCAUAAGAGCUCGCAAAUGAGUCACACAGGAAGCCCCAGUAUUCUUGCAAUUCCUCAUGUGCAGUUAAAAAUUCUGGGUACAAAUAAGUGAUACACCUCCAAAUCUUUGGAUUCUUGGAUAAUAACUUGUUCUGAAUUAAAAGAAGUUUCAUUUAUUUUAGA